GCGUCGUCGAUAGGGAAAGACGCGUCGCGACGCCUCCGAUACACCCCACAAGAGUGAUAACGAGGAUUCUGUCUUGACUCAUGGGUCUGCUGGUGUGAGAUGGUCCUCAAAGCUCUUCGGCGGUCCGAGAUCCAGAAGAUGUUAACUUGUCCUUAAGCGCUAGGUUAGAGACAUGGCAGAUCACGAUCACUUCGACGAUGAGGAGCUCGUGUCCAGCAACACCAACCAGCGCAACUGGCGCGGCAUCCUCAUCGCCCUCCUCGUCAUCGUGGUAGUGCUGGCCCUCAUCGUGACCUCCGUGGUCCUGCUGACGCCUCCCGACGAAGGGCCCCGCGUCAAGGGCGCCCGCUUCAAGCUGCAAGACAUCCUCAGCCACGACUUCCAGCCCUUGCGGUUCAACGGCACGUGGAUUUCAGACUCGGAGCUCGUUUACAAAGACCAAUGGGGCGGCAUCAGCGUCAUGCAAGCUUCGAACCUAUCAGUUCGCACGUUGAUGUCCAAUCAGACUUUUUUGCGGCUGAAUCCGGCGAGGUUCUCGUUGUCGCCGGACCAGAGGUACCUCCUGCUAGCCCAGAACGUGCAGAAGCUGUUCCGGCACUCGUACCUGGCGCAGUACACGAUCUACGAUAUACAGACAGGGAACGAUUUCCCGCUGCGUCCCAUGCCGGAAACGGAAGAGCAUCCCUACCUGCUUUUAGCGGAAUGGGCGCCGAGAGGGCACGGCUUAGUAAUGGUACAAGAUUACGACAUCUAUUACAGGAAGAGUCCCACUUCGCACACGGGAUACAGGAUAACCAGCACGGCGGUCCCCGGAGUGGUCAGCCACGGGGUUCCGGACUGGUUGUACGAAGAGGAGAUCCUGGGCAGCAACAGCGCCCUCUGGCUCUCCAGAGACGGACUCCUCCUCGUCUUCGCCUCGUUCAACGACAGCCUCGUCGAAGAGCUGCGCUUUCCCUGGUACGGCUCUGCAAACGAGGGCCGCCUCUACCCCGACAUCCGCUCCCUCCGCUACCCCAAGCCCGGAACCCGGAACCCCAAAGUGACCCUCACCAUCGCCGAUCUCGCCGACACGUCGAACAUCAAGAUAAAAACCGUCAUCCCACCAGUUGCGCUGGCCAACACGGAAUAUUAUUUCACUGCAGUUUCAUGGAUCAGUUUGACGGAAAUAUCGGUCGUGUGGCUAAACAGACCCCAGAAUCUGUCACUGAUAACCAUUUGCAUGAGUCCGAAAUGGGAUUGCAGAGAGACCCAGCGGAUCAGCAGCGACGGCCACGGAUGGGUGGACAUGGGCGACAGUCCCGUUUUCGGGCGCGACAGCUCCAAUUACAUCACCGUGGCACCUGUCAGGGACGGACCUGCCGGUUAUUUCCGGCACGCCGUCUCUGUCAACAUCCCGAAGAGACGCAUUAUUCCGCUCACACACGGAAAGUACGAGGUGACACGUAUACUUACUUGGGACCAUUCCAACGACGUCAUCUACUUCCUGGGCAUCCCCGAGAACAACCCCGGCCAGCAGCACCUGUACCGCGUGACCUCGGUGCCCCCGCGGACGGGAGCCACCCUGCCGCCCCCCGUGUGCCUCACCUGCGUCCCCGAGCCGGCUCCCACCUCGCCGCCGUACUUCCUCGUCGACGAAGAGAUCUACCUGAUGAAGACCAAGUACUGGACCGAGGAGGACGAGGAAGCCGUUAUCACGCCGGUGCCGAAGAGAAGGAAGAAGAAGGAGAAAGUAACACCAACGGAGCCGGCGUGUCUGUACCACAACGCCAUCUUCAGUCCGCUGUCGACGUACUACGUGCUAGAGUGCCUUGGGCCGGGGAUUCCGUACAACUCCCUGUACAAGACGGCGAUGCCCAAACCCAACCUCGUCGUCAACCUGCAAAACAACACCAAGCUGAGGGAGAUGGUGGCCAAGAUGGCCAUGCCCCAGAUCAAGACGUUCCCGGUGCAGAUCUCGGGAGGGUACCAGGCGCACGUGCGGCUGCAUCUGCCCCCGGGGCUGAGGGAGGACGAAAUCACGAGGUACCCCCUGGUCGUCCAAGUGUACGGCGGCCCUGGCAGUCAGCUGGUGACAGAGCGCUGGAGAAUCGAUUGGAACACGUACCUGACAGGUCACAAAGACUUUAUCAUCGCCCAAAUCGACGGUCGAGGAUCCGGGGGUCAAGGCCACUCCCUCCUCCACAAAGUUUACUACAAAUUGGGGUCGGUGGAGGUGGCGGAUCAGUUGGAAGUAACCGAAUACUUGAGAGAUACUCUCCACUUUAUCGAUAAGCGGAGGGUGGCCGUUUGGGGAUGGAGUUAUGGUGGCUUCGUGGCGGCAUUAGCGCUGGCGAGUCCCAAGAGCGUCUUUCGAUGUGCCAUCGCAGUUGCCCCCGUUACCAACUGGAAGCUUUACGACUCCGCGUACACCGAGCGCUACAUGGGCUUGCCCAACGUGACCGACAACUACAAGGGCUACGACGAAGCCGACGUCAGCAAAAAAGCGCACCUCCUCCGCGACAAAAUGUUCUACCUAGUGCACGGCUCCGCCGACGACAACGUCCACCUCCAGCAGUCCAUGGCUUUAGUGAAAUCCCUGUCGGAGGCAGGAACCCUCUUCCGACAGCAAAUUUACCCGGACGAAAGCCACGGCUUGGGCGGCGUGAAAAAGCACCUCUACAGGAGCAUGGGCCAGUUUUUCGACGACUGCUUCCAGAAACAAGUUCCUCCGGAGUUCAAAGCGGGACUUAGGAACGAUAUCGAGUAGUACACCUUUAACGACUUUUUCAGCUAGAAGUGAUGCCAAAGGAUGUUCCCAAUCGCUUUAAAAUAACAUCCGUUCUGUUUCCGGGAUGUUAGUGAUGAAAGUGCCAAAUUUUGAAAAAUUUACGAUUGAUGUUCUUCGAUGUUAGUCAAAUCGGGAUUUGCAAUAAGACGGAACUCAGGAAAUGGAGAGGAAUGCCCUUAAACCCCUCAACUGUAGGCUAGGACGUUGCGGUUAUCAUUUUGAUCGGGGUCGACGUGGUGCUGGGGGCGGACGACCACGGAACAACACUUAACUGCCGAUUUUUAUUACACACUUACUAGAAAUAACCGGUUCUGGCGAAAAGUGGGGUUAGGAAAGCUGCAAACACCAAGUUGAACACAGGGGUUGCUUUGGUGGUUGUUCGUACCGUGGUACCAAUUUCAUGGGCCCCGCAUAUCCACAAUCAGUAUUAAUAAACUCGCUGACAUUGGCAGACACUCAUGACAUAUCUCAAGCUCGACUCAUCCCGAUCUACCAAUCAGUCAAUGACAGGUGUACACGACCAAACCCCCGACUCUAGAUCGUCGUACGGUAGUACCUCAAUAAAAUUUUAACACUCUAGUUGUAAGAAUAGUGUUCAGAGGGUCUCUUCAAGCCACAAGCCUUAAUCUGACCUUCUCGUCGUUCCGUUCGUUCUUUUAUAAUUUUGUACAAAGAACAAGUCAAUUUUUGAUGAUGGCGUACUCAAUUCUGAACACUGGUGACUUUUAUUGCGUAGAAUUCACUCAUCUACUCAUGAUCAUCAUGUAAAUAUUUGAUUCGUAGCUAGCUGUACAGAUAUGGGUCCAAUAACUGUUCUAUUUUUCCAAUGACGGUUCUUCAAGUGCACGGUGUGACUUAACAAACGCACGAUCUAGCAAUAAACCAUUUCGCUGUUAGAAUUCCUGAACAAUCAGUGGUGGAGCCACUCUGUAUAUAGCGCUUGACCCAAACAAUCUGAUAGGUACUAACUAUAGUGAGAUAUCGGUUAAGUUUUGGUUGGUUAUCGCGAAUUUGUUAUUGUACAGCGACUGUUAAAAUACAACAUUGUUGCCAACGUUAAAACACAGUUAAACGAAAGCUCAAAUAUUUAUUUAAGGGGAGACGCUGUUCAAUGUUUCGAUGUCGAAGGGAUUUUUUGUACAUAUUGUGAUUUUGGAUGAGUUUCGUUGUAUUGUAUGUAAGAGAUUGAGUUCAGAUUUUACAAGCCUUAAUUUCGUCGAUCAUGUGAUACAUCUCAUCCAUUUUGAACAAUUUUAUUGUAAAUAUCUUCUUGCAUCUGUCAUUCGGUGGUUGUUCACACGAUAGUAUACUUCUAGUAGAGUUACUGAAAUUUCCUAGAUUAUUAUACUAAAAUUAUUAAUAAAGACAAUUCCAAUUACUCACGAGUUUUCUUAAAAACAACCUUCACUCACCUUAACCCGACAC